AUGUCAUCGAAUAAAUCCUGGUUUUCGGCACUAUUUGGGAGCUCCUCGCGUGAGCCGGAGCCGGCCCCGUCGGCCUCUUCUACACCAGCUGCGCACAACUCACCGGAGGGCCCGGAUUCGCGUUCGUUUCAACGUGGCGCACAGAAUCGCGGCUCUCCAGCGAUAACAACCACCGACCAGCCGCCGCUCCGCAGCUCGCUGAAACAACUCGGCAGCUUCACGCCGUCGGCCCGCAUCAUCUCCAACGGCGCCUCCUCCACGCAACGCACCCCGGGUCGCGGCCUUUUCGUCGACACCAACGGCGACACUUCCGAGAGCAUUACGCGCAAGCGCCAACUCGUCACGUCUCCGGAGAACAGCCUGCUCACCUCCGACCGCAUCAAACGCUUCCGCGAGAAUUUGGCCAAGUCUAGGCCCGAGGAUAAGGCAAAACUCAGCGUGUUCUCCUCGCUGGAGCCGAAACUCCCUCGCCUCGACAACAGCACGUUCACCGCCCCGUCGGCACGCCAGAAUCUCUCGGCAAUGGACUCGCCCGGCGGCUCGUCCAACUUCUCGCACCUCUCCCGUCGCUCGGCCGCCCCAUCACUGCAGUCGAACGUCUCGUCGAAGACGCGCAACAUCCUCGAGCAGCUUGAGCGAUGCUCCACGCCGCAGAGUAACACCCAGCGCGUGCCAGCCUUUCGCACAUCCAGCGGCGUCACCGAAGUGUGGAACACGUCUUGGCAAAGCGGCAACGGCUCUAUGACGCGCUCCCAGAUCCAGGCCACCGGCACCCCACCACCACUCCGCCGCCAGACCAUAGAGGUGCCCUCGCGAAUGCAGGUGCUGACGAGCUCGCUGUCGUCGCACUACAAGAAGCCGUACUGGAGGGAUUUGUCGAGGUCGAACACGGCGCCCAGCCCGUCCGGAUCGGCGGCCGCGGCGGCUUCUCCGGCUCUGCAGCGCGUUCGGGAUGGAGCCGGUGUUAAGAUCUCUCCGCUCUUCGACCUCACAGCCCACCAACCGGCCGUCACCCCGAAAGAAACCGUCACCACCGCCACCACCGCGACGCCUCCACUCAAAGGACCCGACGGCAAGAAGGGCCGCAACACGUUCAGCAUGCAAGACAUCGAAGAGAGCGGCGAUGAUGAUAUCCAGACGCUGACCGAGGCCAAUGGACUGCCCAUCACCGCGUUCGCCCCGCCCAAGGGAUUCCUCGACAACUGCCUCUUCUCCUUUGCCGCGCCGGUCGAACGAGGACCGCAAGUGGCCUCAAAGAUUGACGACUUCGUCGAAAUCGCCAAAAAUCCUCUUUUCCAGCAAGCCACCGAUGAAAGUGACGACGAUUCCGAGGAGAAGCAGAGCAGUGGCACCGACGAGACCGACACCGAAGAGAACCAGCCACCCGCAGUUCCGCAGAAGAAGCUGCCCGUUUUCGGGGCGCCGACCGACAGCGAGACGUCCGGCGCCGGCACGCCCAGCUCGAGCAAGAACACAUCGCCCGAGAGCCUCAACAAGACGCCGACUGUCGCCACGAACACCGCCACCACGACCACGGCGCCGAAAUGGGAGUGCCCGACGUGCAUGAUGCGCUGGGAGGAAUCGACCCGGAAAUGCGCGUGCGGCUACGACAAGGACGGCAAAUCAACAUCCACCGAGUCGACCACGUUCAAGCCGACCAGCUUCACCGCCCCGCCAUCUACCACCACGGUCUCCUUCGGCUUCGGCUCGAAAACUGCCAAGCCGGCUGAAGUUGCGAAGCCCGCCGCCACGACCGCCAAGCCGACGACGUGCCCGGACUGCUGGAGCUCGAUCCCCGCCGAAGCAAAGUCAUGCCUAUCGUGUGGCCAUGUCGUUGGCGCUGCUCCUGCGCCUCUUCCUCCGGCUCCUUCCACCGCCACCACAACCUCCUCUGCCACCACCGAGCGCAAGGACUGGAGCUGCCCGACGUGUUUUGUCGGUAAUAAGGCCGACCAAUCGAAAUGCCCGUGCUGUGACCACGAGAUGUACAAGGAGACCGCCGGCGGCGAGCAGGACAAGCCGAAGAGCGUCUUUGGCGCCAACGCGUUCAACCCCACCGCCGCUGCCAAUGCUGGUGGUUUCAAAUUCGGCACGUCGGCUGCAGCUGCUUCAACGAACGGCGGUCCCUCUUUCGGCAUCAAGCCCGCCGAGGAGAAGAAGGACGAGCCGCCGAAAUUCGGCGUCACUUUCGGUGCCAAGCCCGACGCGGACAAGCCGGCUUCUACCCCCACCUUCGGCAUGCCCAAGACAACAACAACAACGGAGAGCCCAAAACCCGCCGCCGCCUCCGGAACGUCGAUUUUCGGCGCCGCCGCCUCGGCCAUGAAGCCGUUCACUUUCGGAGCGUCGCCUAACGCCAAGGACGCCGCUUCCGCUUCAUCCACACCUGCCGCCCCGGCUUCUGGACUCGUUUUUGGCGCUACAAAGCCCAUGUUCGGCCAGACGCCCGCCACCACCUCGGCCACUCCAUCUACCGACGCCCCGGCCAAGACACCACUUUUCGGCCAAAUCGACGGCGCCACCAAGCCGCUUUUCGGGUCUAGCCUUGCUGCACCAACUACAGACAAGCCCGCCGCCGCUGCUACGCCUUUCGGGCAACUCGGUGGCGAUCGGCCGCUGUUCGGCAUGACGACGCCGGCGUUCGGCUCCUCAUCUACCGCACCGGCCGCUGCUGCCCCGACGACUGCCGCCCCGAAUUUCCCCGUCUUCGGCGCUUCCGCAACUACGGCUGCUGCCACGCCCGCCCUCAAGUUUGGCGAGCCGUCUGCAAAGAUCUCAUUCGGCCCCUCGACCACCACCACAAAAGCCGACUCAACCACCGAAGCGGCGAAGCCGCUCUUCGCUUUCGGCUCAACAUCGGCCCCUUCUGUCUUUGGCUCAUCAACGGGUUCAAUGUUUGGCAACGGGUCUUCUUCUACUUCUCAAGCCGACGCCCCCGAGACGAAGCGCAAGAUGUUCGAGCCGUCGGCACCUGUCGCUGCUGCCGCUGCCCCAUCUACUGGCUUUUCGUUUGGCCCGCUGGGAGGUGGAGCCCCCGCCCCGGCCACCAAUGGAUUCAACUUUGGCGCUGCACCGGCUCAACCAUUCGGCAGCUCGGCCUCGGCCCCCGUCUUCGGCGCCCCCUCAUCCUCCAUCCAGUCGACGCCCAGCUUUGCCGCCCCCACCGCGGCCCCGACGUCGUUCAACUUCACGAUGGGAGCACCGGCUGCCGCCCCCACGAAUGGUGCCCCGGCCCCGUUCGUCUUCGGCUCGUCGGCCGCCCCGGCGCAGAACAAUCUGAACGGCGGUUUCUCGAUGGGUGCCCCGAUGCCCUCGUUCAACGCGCCGCAGCAGCCGUCGUUGGAUUCGCCGUUUGCCUUUUCGUCUACAACUUCAUCGGGCCCGCAGCGGAAGCUCGCGGCGGCGCGGAGACGGUUGACCGGCAAGAAA